UUGCUCUCGGAGCUAACGGUACGACUGCCGGCAGUGUUACUAUGUUCUUACUGUAGCCUAAUGGCCGAGGUGGUCUUUGUAGAUUUUACGUGCCAACCAAGCUUUUGUCUCUUCAACUAGCGACUGCAUGGCAGUAACCUUUACAUUCAAGAUAAAGAUGAUAUACUCCAUUGGAUCUGGUAAUGAAAGACAGACCUCCCCACAUUGUUUUCAAAACUAGUGAUGGUACUUUGCAAAUUUCACUCAGUCUUCCUGUCUCAGAAAGGACAAGUUUACACAUGCGGACAUGGACAAGGAGGUCGCCUUGGACAUGGAGAUGAACUUACAUGCUUGGUUCCUAGGCUGGUGGAAGGUCUUCGUGGUCAUCCAUGUACUCAGGUCGCUGGAGCAAAGGAUCACACAGUAGUUCUAACGGAAGAUGGAUAUGUUUACACAUUUGGACUAAAUAUAUUUCAUCAACUUGGAAUUCAGCCGCCCCCUCCAAAUUCAAAUGUUCCAAGGCAGAUUCAGGCCAAAACCAUGAAGGGAAAGACUGUGUUAGGGGUCGCUGCUGGAAGGUUUCCCACAGUUCUGUGGAUUAAAGAUGCUGUUUAUACAGUGGGAUUGAAUGGUGGCCCGUUAGGAUACUUGCAAGAUCCUAAUGGAGAAAAAUUUGUAAGUUGUCCUCGCCAAGUAUCCGCACUUCAUCAUAAAGAUAUAAACAUAACUCUUGUGUCAGCAAGUGAUGGCGCUACAGUUUGUGUCAGUGAAAGGGGAGAUAUUUACCUUCUGUCCGAGUAUCAGUGCAAAAAGCUUGCAUCAAAACAGCUAACCCUGAAGAAAGUUCUUGUUUCAGGGGGCUUUUUGGAACACAAGGCAGCUCCACCUGAGCAUCUUAAAGAGAAUGGUGGCCAGCCUGCAAGUGUUUUUGCUUUGGAUCAAGCUGGAAGGGUUUUUUGCUGGAAGUCACCUGGCAGUUCACUGAAACAGUGUUGGUGGGUUUAUGGUCGCCAAUUAUUUAUGUCUGAUGUUGCUUUAAAUAAGAAUGAAAUCAUGUUUGUAACACAAGAUGGGAAGGAUUUACUGGAAAGUGGAUGCUGGAAAAGAAAAAGAAAGGUCAUGGCUUUGCAACCGCGACGCGUUCGGCUUAAACCAUGGCUGGUGGCCCAGGUGGAUAGUGGAAUGUACCCUGGUCUCGUCUGGUUGAACAGAGAGGCAAAAAGGUUCCAGAUCCCAUGGAAACAUGCAACAAGACAUAGCCCCCAGCAGGAAGAAGAAAAGACAAUAUUUAAGCAGACUCACCCAUGGGAUCAUCUAGUACAGGCAACUGCACCCCUGAGCAAACAUGGCCAAAGACUGAGCCUCAGGAGAUGGAAGUGCCCCCAACAUCAGGCCCUGCUGACUUUUUCAGUUCUCCCGAGAUGUGGAUCAGUUCCCUACCAAAACUUGUCAUCAGAAGGGGGCUCCUACAAAGCAGCCACCAUGUGAAAUCUACUUAUGCUUCGGAGAGGAGUGGCCAGAUGACAAAUCCAGAGAAAGAAAGCUCAUCAUUGUUCAGAUAAUACCAGUUGUAGCACGUAUGAUACUUGAGAUUUUUAGUGGGGACAGCAUCCGUUCCUUUGACAGUGGAAGAAUCCGUUUGCAAAUCUCUGUCCCUGACAUCAAAGACA